AUGAGUUCCGCCUCCAGCGAGCCAGGCAACGGGGACUCUGCCGAGCGGCCCCGGCUGGGGCUGGACGCUGUGAUCCAGAGGCUGGAGGACACCGUUCUGAGCCCCAUGGCCAGCAGAGAAGACCGGGCGCUGACCGUGCAUGGGGGAGGCUGGCGGGCCUCACCCAUCCCCGUGCCUGCCCGCAUCCGUGAGAUUGUGGCUGGCAGCCUGGGCGAGGAGCCGCCCCAAGCGCUGCGGGAGCCGCCAGCCGCCUCGGCCCGCGUGCAGGAGGAGCUGUCCCGGCUGGAGGAGCUGCUGGCCCAGGCGGGGGCCGAGCGGGACGAGCCGGCCGGCAGGUACCACGCAGUCAGCGAGCAGCCGCAGGCCCGGCUGGAGGCCACCGAGGCUCGGCUGCGGAGGUCAGAGCAGAAGCACAGCGUCGACCUGGAGGAAGCCCUCGGCCGGCUAGAGGCUGCCGAGCAGAGGAGCACCGGCCUCUCCCAGGUGAACACCCUCCUGCGGGAGCAGCUAGGACACAUGAAGAAGGCCAACGACAGACUGGCCGAGGAGCUGGCGGGGACGACGCACAGCGUGCUCCUCCUGCGGGCUGAGCUGGAGCUGCGGGAGAGGCAGCGCUGGACCCAGAGAGAGGUGCUCCCCGGCUCUCGCCCUCCCCCUAGAGAUGUCCUCCUCCUGCAGAGACAGGUCACAGCCCUCCGUGGACACCUGGCUGAGCUGCGUGCAGCCACCGAGAGGGGCCUCGCUGACAUGCGAGUGGACGCGGCCAGGACGGCCCAGCGCCUGCACACGGCCUGCCUGAACCUCGGCUCCAACCUGCGGCUGACGGCCAGCCGCACAGCCAGCGCCCUGGAGCAGCAGCUGCAGGACAAGGUGCGGGAGAUGCUGCAGCUGCAGGGUCGCUGGGACGCCGAGAAGGUGGCACUCCAGGCCAGACUCUGGGAGCAGACGUUGCUGGUGCGGAAGCUCACAGAGCAGAACGCGGACAAGGAGGAAACCAUCUCCUCUCUCAGAACGGAGGUUCAGGAACUGGUGGCGAAGGCAGACGCGGGGUGCCCGGAGCCAGCCUGGAGCGGCAGCACCGAAGGCCAGGAGGCGCGGGGCCAAGCAAGGAGCCCCCCACGGGCCGUGUCCCCGCCACGGGCGUGCUCCCCGGCCGCCCUGGACCCUGCGCUGCGGGCUGUGCAGGUGGUCAUUGAGAGGCGGCGGCAACGGGAGCAGGAGCUGCGCCGGCGGCUGGAGUCCUCCGAGGCAGCGGCCGCCGGGCUCCACGAGCAGCUGUCCGAGAGCCAGCGGGAGCUGCGGGCCUCGCGGAGGCUCCUGCAGGAGCUGAGGCAGGAGCAGGCCCGGGAGCGCCAGGACCUCCUGGGCAAGCUGGAGGCGAAGCGCUGCCGGGAGUCCAGCAAGCUCCGGGGAAGAGAGGAGGCAGCUCGGGAGAGGCGUGGAGGAGCUGAGGGGGAGAUGGAUGUUUCCGACAGGGAGCGGCAGAGUCCGGAGGCCAGGCGCGCGGGGCUGCAGAGAAGCCUCCUGCGGGGGGCGGGGCAGAAGGCGGAGCUGGUGAAGCAGGGCCUGCAGGGCCGGAGGGAGCUGGACGCCUCGUCUCAGGGGUCGGGGUGCCUAGCGAGACAGCAGGCCCCGCCCACGGCGGCCGGCCCCCACCGCCACCCAGACACCCACUCCAAGCCCGGCCCAGCGCCACCCCGGGGCAAAUCCACCACCCUGGGCCCAGCCGAGAUGGGUGCCCCAGCUCAAGGGCGCCUGGAGCAGCUGGAGGAGAAGGUCUCGGGGCUCAAGAAGGAGCUGGUGUCGGCCCAGGAGGUGCUGAACACAGCACGGCUGCAGAGGGACGUCCUGCAGAGUGAGGCGGAGGUUCUGCGCAGGGCCCUGGCCCAGGCCGAGUCCAGCAAAACCAACCUGGAACUGCUCGUGUGCCAGCUCAAGGCGGAGGGGGUGGAGCAGAGACACUCCCUGGCUGACAUGGCUGCCCUGAUGGCGGGGCUGGCUCGGGACAAAGGCUCCCUGAGCCACCUGGUCCUGCAGCUGGAGCAGGUGGGCCAGGUCACAUGCAAGAAACAGGCCCUGGAAGAGCAGCUGGCCCAGAGCCUGCAAGACCAGGAGGCCCACAUGGACGCGCUCCAGAGGGCCCUGCAGGAGAAGGAGGCUUUGUCUGAAGAGCGGGCCCAGCUGCUGGCCAAGCAGCAGGCCCUGGAGAGGCAGGGCCAGCUCACAGCUGAGGAGGCAGCUGACCUCAGGGCCGAGAGGGACUCCCUGGAGAACAGCCUCUUUGAGGCCCAACAGCUGGCGUCACAGCUGCAGUCACGGCAGGAGCAGCUGGAGGGAGAGGCCCAGAGCGCAAGGCUGGCCCGGCAGGCCCUGCAAGUGCAAAUGGAGCAGCUGAAGUGCACCUGGGAGGUCCAGGAGACGAAGCUGCAGGGGGACGUGGGGCGGCUCUUGCAGCAGGUGAUACAGCAGGAGCAGGACACGCAGCUGGCCCUGGAGAGCCAGGCGCUGGCCCACCUCGAGGACCUAGCCCGGCUCCAGAGGGAGAAGGAGACCCCGAGUCUGUCUCUGACAGAGGAGAAGGAAGUGGCGGCACGCAGGCUGGAACAGGAGGAGGAGCUGGUGGCAAAAAGUGCAGCCAAGAGGGAGCCUCUGCAGGAGGAGAUUCAGAGCCUGAAGCAUGAGCGGGAUGAGAGUCUCCUUCAGCUGGAACGCGAGAUGCAGCAGGCCCUGUCUCUGAGAGAAGCGGAGACCAGCCAGCUGAGGGAGGAGCUGUCCAGGGCCGCGUGGGAGCUGGAGCUGGUGCAGCACGAGGCCCGGGGCCGGCAGGAGCGAGCCGAGGCCACCAUCAGCGCCACGACCGCAGACCUGAAGGCCCUGCAGGCCCACUUCGAGGACGCCGUCUCGGCCCAUCAGAGGGAGGCCAGGGCUCUGGGCGAGAGGCUCCGGGAGAUGGCGGCCCAGCGGAGCAGCGCCAGGAGAGAGGCCGAGAGGCUGCGGGCACAGCUGGACGAGGCCCAGGAGGGCCUGGCCGCCCUGCGCCGGGAGCUGCAGGGCAGCGAGGAGAGCCGGGAGAGGCUGCACAGGGAGGCCCUGGAUGCCCGCCGGCUGCUGGAGGACGAGGCCCGAGAGAAGGACGUGCUGCGGGAUUCCAACACCGAGCUGCGGGCCACCAUCCGCAGAGUCGAGCAGGAGAAGGCCAGCUUUCAGCGUUCCAAGGAGGAGAAGGCGCAGAAGGUGCUGGUCCUGGAGGAGGCCCGGGCAGCGGCUCAGAAGGAGGCCGGCACGCUGCGGGCCCUUCUGCGGGGGGCACAGCAGGCACAGGCAGACGCCCGCCGGCAGCUGCAGGAGCUACGCAGACAGGUGAUGUCACUGGAGGCCGAGAACCAGAGGAAGAGCCAGGAGCUGCGCCGGAUGCAGGUCCGGGGCACACAGGGUGCGCAGCAGGGGACGCCGGAGCUGCAGAGGCUGGCGGCCGAGGCACAGGCAGCCAGAGAGGGCUCACAGAGGGAGGUCCUGAGGCUGCAGCAGACGCUGGUGGAGGCGGAAGCCAGGGCCGCGGCCCGGGAGAAGCAGCUGGAGGAGCGCCUCUGCGAGAGCCGGGGCACCGAGCGGGCCCUCCGGGCCGAGCUGCACCGCGUCACCAGAGAGCUGCAGCAGGCCAGCGGCACGGCCGAUGGCCUCCAGGCUCGCCUGGACGGGGCCUGCCAGCGGCUCGGCGGCCUGCAGCAGGAGGUGGCCCAGGCCAAGGGCGCCAGGCGGGAGGCGGAGGCCCAGCUGGGCCGGCUGUGGUCCACGCUCCACCUGGGCCUGGGGCUCCGGGGACAGAGCCCCGUGGCCUCCCCCAAGCGGCCCGGCUCCCCCGCCAAAGGCUCAGAGGGCACCCAGGGUUCCCCUGGGCGGCAGAGUGCCAGCACCCCCGGCCGGUCCCGCUCGCCGCUCCGAUGGCCCUCGCCUGCCCCGGGAGACUGCAGCACAGAGGGGGCCGUGGCCUCGGUGAGGGACGCCCUGAGGGACUUGGCGCAGAAGCUGAGGGAUGCCCGGCGGGAGCGGGAAUGUGGGCGGGGAGGGGCUGGGAGCCUGAGCUGCCGGCUGAGCGAGGCCGAGAGUGAGCGCGCCCGAGCCCAGAGCCACGCGGGGCAGUUGCAGAGGGCACCGGCCGGGGCAGAGGAAGGUGGCCGCCCUUCUCCACCCUGCCCUGGCCACCACUACAAGGCCCCCCAGAGCCCCCCUCCUGGCACCUCGAGGGUCCGUCCCGGGAGCUGCUCGGGCCCGGGCCACGGGGCCAGACCCCGGAACCAGCAUGCCCCCUACCCCGAGGCGCCCCAGCACCUGGCAGCUGGCGGGUCUUUCUCAGCCGUGGCCUCCCCGUCACAAGGCAGUAAAGUCCAGAGACCUCCAAGGCCCGCCCCGACCUGGCCCCCAGCUACUCCGCCACGCCGGCCUCCUGCAGUCCCACCUCUGGGCAUCUGCACUGGCUGUGCCUACCGCCAGGAGCCCUCUUCCCCCACCGGGUCCUCGGCCCAUGCCGGCGUGCAGGCUGCAUGGGCCCUGCAGGAGGAGGUGUCCCCAAGGCGCGGAGGAGCGAGGCUCCAGCCAGUGCACGUGAUCUGGGCAGACGCCAGGUGCCACAGCCUCACCUGCAGCACACCCCGGGCCGUGCUUCCAGACGGCCUGUGCCUCCCUCCCCCAGAAGCACUGGACACGCGGCACCAGGCCCUGGACGAGGGCAGAAGGCACAGGCAGGGCCUGGCCCAGAGCGCGCUGCUAGAGGAGAAGGUCGCCCCCCUGGAGCGCAGGCGCGGGAGGCCCUGCAGCAGCCGAGCCGGGGGCUCAGCCUCAGGCCAGAGUGACCUGCCUACGCGCGGCCUCUGCCCGGCCCCUGCCCGGCCCACGUGCUCUGGCGGCGGCGGCGGCGGCGGGCGCAGCGCGCGGAGAGGCGUGUCCUGCGGGAGGAGCGGCCGCGCUGCGCCCCGGGCGGCCCGCCUGCAGGGGGAGCUCGCGGUGCACCGGGCCCAGGAAGAGGCACGACCCAUCCAGCUGACCCCGGCGGAGUGCGAGGCUGGACUUUGGGCCUGGGAUUCUGAUGCCCUCUCAACACCCCCAGGGACAGAGCUGAGGAGGGAAAGGGACAACGUGAGGGCGGGGGCCGAGAAGGAGCCGCUGGACCAUACCUGCCUGCACCAGGAAGCGGACAGGGCCCUGAGGCAAAACCAGCUGGGCUCCAUGCACCCCAGUCUUGGGAGUGGGCCGGGGCCUGGGGCUGGGGGUGUCCGGCGGCUCCAGGAGCUGGCCACCCAGCACCAGCGAGACCUGAUGGUGGAGGCCGAGCGGCUGCACGGAGCCCAUGUACAGGCUGCACAGGCCCUGGCGUCCCGAGAGAGUACCCACCAGCAGCGGGUGAAGGUGCUGGAGAAGCAGGUGGCCAGCCUGAAGGAGCCGCGGGACCAGGAAGUGCAGCAGCGGCGACGAGCCCGCCUCGGCCAGGCCUUCCAGGCCAAGGACUCUGUAAACAUGGGGAAACACGUGGAAAACAUUUCCACCAACUGAAGCCAAAAACAUAAUGUCCCGCAGGCCCAGCUACCACAUCCCUGCGCACAGAGGCGGCAAGACCUCCGUAUCCAGGAACUGCAGGGCCGUCACGGUGGCAGGUGGCUGCAAAGACGACCGGAGCACGGCCCGGCCGAGCGGCAGCGGGACGCCGAAGUCCACCAACGGCGCGGCCGCGUUCCCCGCACGCCCGGCCGGCCGGGCCUGCGGGCCACUCCCGACCGCGGCCUCGCUCCUGCCCCGCGGUGA